AUGAGUAAUUUGGAAUUUGGAAGAGAGAAAUGGAGAGCUGGUGUGGGAAGGGGAAAAUGGGAGGAGGGUGGAGGAUAUUUGGAUAGGGAGGGUGGAAGAGAAUCUAUGAGUAUAAUAAUGAGUAAUAUAGAUAACCCUGUUGACCCAUUUCACCAGGAAGUUGGUGUUAGGAAUCGAACCUAA